GCACACCCCACAACCCGGGCAGAUGCCCUGGCUGGGAAACGAACUGUGACCUCCUGGUUCAUAGGUUGAUGCUCAACCACUGAGCCAUGCUGGCUGGACAUACAUUUUACUUUUUUGUAAUGUGACCUUGAGUCAGUGACUUCAGCCCAGAAUAGUUUCAAAGUCAUGUAAAUAAAAGCAAUUAAGGUAUUAUUUAUCACCUUACAUAGUUCAGAUGGGAUCUUAUUGGAUAGAGAGGUUUGUUUGCUUUAUGUGGAAGGUCAGAAUAAGGUUAAAUUUUAUUACGUAAAAUGAUUUGGUGAUGUUUUUAUUUAGCUGCUGAAAAAGUAGUGUCCUAAUAGGAAAUGAUUUGGGGCCAAAAAAUAAAACCCAAACCCACAAAAAAAAAACAGCAACACAUUUUUUUUUAAAGCAGUAGGAAGUCUCUUCAAGGUGUUUGUGUGUUUGUUUUUUCUAAUAGUUAUAAUUCUACUUUAAGGUGAUACUUUCUGUCUUCUAAAGUUUGGGGAACAUUGUGCCUUUAGUGUUGAUACUUUUUUUUUUUUUUUUGCUGACAAUGCUUUAUUGGACGUCAUGAAUACAACUGACAUGGAAAUGAAGUGGAUACAGUCAUGCCCAACUGACAUGCAGUUCACAGUUAAUUGAAUUGUUUGGAUUGUGAGCUAUUUCAGAACUCUGUUCUCAGGACCCAUUAUUUUAACAUUUGACAGAAACACUUCCAGAAGACUAAAGGAGGAGCAGGGAAUCUGAAGACUCCAGAUGACAUCAGAAUUACUUUUCAACAGCCUUCUCAGUUUCCUUUCUCAGAAAGCAGAGAUUCAAACCUUGGAGACAGAUGAACACUGAUAUUUGCAUUUAAUGAACAAAAGAUGAAAAAGGAGACUCAAGAUAUUCACUAAGGAUUAUAUCUGCUUGCUGCUGCAGACCUAUGUAUUAAGGAAUUCUGCUUUUUCUUGCUUAGGAGUUGAUCAGCUCUGUGUCAGACUGCAUUGGAGUUUGUUUGCCUCUUAUCUUGUCAUUGCCAGAAGAAAUCCUGUUCAGUAUGUAACCGUACAUCACUGUCUAAUUGCUAUUGAAGAUGAUAAACUGACACUCACUUAUUAAAGCUAUAUCUCACUCACCCACAGAAAACCAUUCUUUAAAGUGAACAGAAACCUAGCCCUCGUGACACUUCUAUUGAACAUGACUCAUGGAGAAGAGCUUGUCUCCGAUGUGCACCAGGAUUCUGUUGUUUUAACUUACCUAGAAGGAUUACUAAUGCAUCAGGCAGCAGAGGGAUCAGGUACUGCCGUCGACAAAAAGUCUGCUGGGCAUAAUGAAGAUCAGGACUUUAACAUUUCUGGUCAUGCAUUUCCUACCUGUCAGAGUAAUGGUCCAGUUCUCAAUACACAUACAUAUCAGGGAUCUGGCAUGCUGCAUCUCAAAAAAGCCAGACUGUUGCAGUCUUCUGAGGACUGGAAUGCUGCAAAGCGGAAGAGACUGUCUGAUUCCAUCGUAAAUUUAAACGUAAAGAAGGAAGCUUUGCUGGCUGGCGUGGUUGACAGUGUGCCUAAAGGCAAACAGGAUAGCACAUUACUGGCCUCUUUGCUUCAGUCGUUCAGCUCUAGGCUGCAGACUGUUGCUCUGUCACAACAAAUUAGGCAGAGCCUCAAGGAGCAAGGAUAUGCCCUCAGUCAUGAUUCUUUAAAAGUAGAGAAAGAUUUAAGGUGCUAUGGUGUUGCAUCAAGUCACUUAAAAACUUUGUUGAAAAAGAGUAAAGCUAAGGAUCAAAAGCCUGAUACCAAUCUUCCUGACGUAACUAAAAACCUCAUCCGAGACAGGUUUGUAGAGUCACCUCAUCGCGUUGGACAAAGUGGUACAAAGGUCAUGAGUGAACCCUUGUCAUGUGCUGCAAGAUUACAGGCUGUUGCAAGCAUGGUGGAAAAAAGGGCUAGUCCUGCCACUUCACCCAAACCUAGUGUUGCUUGUAGUCAGUUAGCAUUACUCCUUUCAAGUGAAGCCCAUUUACAGCAGUAUUCUCGGGAACAUGCUUUAAAAACACAAAAUGCAAAUCAAGUGGCAAGUGAAAGACUUGCUGCUAUGGCCAGAUUACAAGAAAAUGGCCAGAAGGAUGUCAGCAGUUUCCAUCUCUCAAAAGGAAUGUCAAGCCAUCUUAAUGGUCAAGCAAGAACAUCAUCGAGCACACUAAUGACUACCAAAAGUACAACAUUUCAAAAUCCAAUGGGUAUCGUUCCUUCUUCCCUAAAAAAUGCAGGCUAUAAGAACUCACAGGAAAGAAACAACAUAAAACAAGCUGCAAAUAAUAGUUUGCUUUUACAUCUUCUUAAAAGCCAGACCAUAACCGCACCUAUGAAUGGACACAAUCAUAGUGAGAGAGGAAGCAUUUUUGAGGAUAGUAGUACACCUACAACUAUUGAUGAAUACUCGGAUAAUAACCCUAGUUUUACAGAUGAUAGUAGUGGUGAUGAAAGUUCUUAUUCCAACUGUGUUCCCAUAGACUUGUCUUGCAAACACAGAGUUGAAAAACAAGAACCUGACCAACCUAUUUCUCUGGAUAACUUAACACAAUCCUUGCUGAACACUUGGGAUCCAAAAGUCCCCAACGUAGAUAUUAAAGAAGAUCAAGAUACCUCAAAGAAUUCUAAGCUAAAUUCACACCAGAAAGUAACACUUCUUCAAUUGCUACUUGGCCAUAAGAAUGAAGAAAAUGUGGAAAGAAACAACAGCCCUCAGGAAGUACAGAGUGAUGUGACAAAAUUCAAUAAACAGAUGUAUGCGAGGACUUCUGUAAUAGAAAGCCCCAGCACACAUAGGACUACUCCUGUGAGCACUCCUCCAUUACUUGCAUCUACCAAAGCAGAGUCUCCCAUCAAUCUCUCCCAGCACUCUCUGGUUAUCAAAUGGAACUCCCCACCAUACGCCUGCACUCAGUCUGAAAAACCAACAAACACCACAUCUAACCACUUGAUGGAUCUUACAAAGAGCAAAGAGUCGCAAGGAGAGAAACCAGUCCAUAAUGAAAGUACACAGAACUCUGCGACUUUCAGUGCCAGUAAACUGUUACAAAAUUUAGCGCAGUGCGGAAUGCAGUCUUCCACUUCAGGAGAGGAGCAGAGACCCAGUAAACAGCUGAGUGUAAAUACAGAUAAACCCAUAGCUAUGAUCGAUAGACUAAGUAGCCCUCUGCUCUCAAAUAAAACAAAUGCAGUUGAAGAAAGUAAAGUCUUCAAUAGUCAGGCAACAGGUUCUGAACCAAGACUUUCUGGUUCUGAAAUAGAAAAUCUGCUUGAAAGGCGCACUGUUCUCCAGUUGCUCCUGGGAAACCCCAACAAAGGGAAGAGUGAAAAGAAAGAGAAAAUUCCUUUGAGAGAGGAAAGUACUCAGGAACAUACAGAUAGAGCUUUAAGUGAACAAAUAUUGAUGGUAAAAAUAAAAUCUGAGCCUUGUGAUGACUUACAUAUUCAUAAUACAGAUGUGCACUUGAGCCAUGAUGCUGAGUGUGCCCCAUUCUUAGAUAUGGCUCCCCCCAUACAGAGAAGUGCAGCUGCCUUACCAGCUUCCGAGGACUUGAAAUCGGAGCCCCUUUCACCUCAGGAUUUUUCUUUCUCAAAGAAUGGUCUGUUAAGUCGACUGCUGAGACAAAAUCAAGAGAGUUAUCUGCCUGAUGAUCUGGACAACAGUCACAGACAUAGUGAACUGACACUUCUAGAAUCAAAGAAUCUUUGCAUGGUCCCUAAAAAAAGGAAGCUUUAUACUGAGCCAUUAGAAAAUCCAUUUAAAAAGAUGAAAAAUAGCAUCCUCGAUGCUGCAAACAGUCACAGUGCCCCAGAGGUGCUGUAUGGGUCCUUGAUUAACCAGCAAGAGCUGAAAUUUAGCAGAAAUGAUCUUGAAUUUAAAUAUCCUGCCAGUCAUGGUUCAGCCAGUGAAAGUGAACAUAGGAGUUGGGCGAGAGAGAGCAAAAGCUUCAAUGUUCUGAAACAGCUGCUUCUCUCAGAAAACUGCAUGAGAGAUUUGUCCCAGCACAGGAGUAACUCUGUUGUUGAGAGUAAAAAGAAAGGACACAAAAAUAAUGUGACCAAUAGCAAACCUGAAUUCAGCAUUUCUUCUUUAAAUGGACUGAUGUACAGUUCUUCUCAGCCCAGCAGUUCCAUGGAUAACAGGACAUUUCCAUACCCAGGAGUAGUAAAAACUCCCAUGAGUCCUCCUUUUCCUGACCGCUUGGGCUGUGUGGGGUCUAGACCAGAAUCUGGAUUUUCUAAUGGGUGUUCCAUGACCAGUGACAAGGGACCCAUUAAGUGGGUUAUCACAGACAUGGAUAAGAAUGAGUAUGAAAAAGACUCUCCAAGACUGACCAAAACUAACCCAAUACUGUAUUACAUGCUCCAGAAAGGAGGCAAUUCUGUUACCAGUCGAGAAACACAGGACAAGGACAUUUGGAGGGAGCCUUCAUCUGCUGGAAAUGUCUCACAGGUUACAAUCAAAGAAGAGUUACUUCCUGCUGCAGAAACUGAAGCUUCUUUCUUAAAUUUAAGAAGCCCUUAUAAUAGCCAUAUGAGAAACAAUGCCUCUUGCCCACACAACGCAAAUGGAGAAGUUUAUGGACUUCUGGGAAACGUGCUAACGAUAAAAAAAGAAUCAGAAUAAAAUUUACUCUGCUAUUUAGCUUUGGAUCUUUUUAAAACUAAUUAGUUGAACUUGAGAUCUGUAUAAAUAAGAGCAUGAUUUGAGAAAAGCAUGGUAUAAUUGAAACUUUUUUCAUUUUGAAGAGUAUUGGUUACUGGUAAUGUUUAAAUAUGCACACUGCUUUUUGCUUUACGUUAGUUCAUGAGGAAACUACUGAACUACUGGUUGUUUAACACUUCUGUAUGCAUCAGAUAACUGUGAGUAGCCUAUGAAUGAAAUCUUUAUGAUCACAGAUAAUAGGCAUAAAUUAAAAUGUAAAUUUCCAUCCAUGGUGGAUAAAUGCAUUUUGUUGCCUUUAAGAGGGUACUCUAUUUUGAUUUCAGAAGUCAGCCUACAUAACAUUUUUUUAAAGUCCAAAUUGUUAAAUAACUCUUUAAAAGGUAAUUAUUGAAUAAAAAACUUAAUGCUGAUUCACUUUUCAUUAUCCAAUUCAAAAAUAAAUUAGAAAAAAAAUAUGCUUACAUUUUUCACUUUUGCUAAAAAAAAAACAUUUAUUUUUAACUCUUGGAAAGGGUUUUGUGGUUUCCAGUGUGUCUCCCCCACCCCAGUCCUUUUCAAUAUAUAUUUCUUUAAACCUUGUACUAAUUAGUAAAAAUUGAUUACAAUUGAUGGAAGUUUGAUAGAUCCUUAAAAAAGAGCAGAUUUCCAUUUUUAUAUUUUAACUACUGUACUACUAUUCCUCCUUUUACAUAAUUAGGAAAGUUAACAUUUAUCUUCAGGUGGUUUCCUGAAUAGCUGAAUAUUUAAGAAGUUUUUAACAGAAGCAAAAUGGCUUUUCUUUGGACAGAUUUCACCAUGUCUAGUAAAAGUUACUUCUCACCAUUACUAUGGUACCUGUGAGUCUUAUGACCGGGAUUUCUUAAAGCUGCACCCAGACCACCUGCAUUAGAAUCAUUUCUGGAGUACUUGUUUUAAAAUGCAUAUUCCUAGGUAGCACCUCAGAUCUACAGAACAAGAAUCUCUGCUAAGUGCACCUGGGAGUCUUCCAUCUGCAUCUGAACACAUUUAAGAGGAAACCCCUAUGUGUUUCUUCUAUACAAUGAAGUUUGAGAACCAUUGUUUAUAACCUUUCUCAUAACACUGGACUGUAAAAAAAAACCCCACUAUUUGAUGCCUAUAUUUUCCCCAAUAGUCACACAUCAAUGAAAUAUUUGCAAUAUUGUAGUUCAUAUAUUACUGUUAUAUCUUUGGAAAUCAGGUUCAGAACACUUUUUAUGACAAAAAAAAUAAUGGGUGGAGGGGACAACUUUCAUAUCUGGCUGAACAUCUCAGGAAAAUCUGUGAUUAUGUGUUCUAAUGAGUAACAUCUACUUAAUUAGCCUUAGGGAUGGAAUAACAGGGCCACUUACCAAACUCAGGUGAUUCUAGGAUGGUUUAGAAACUUCUCCUGAAUACAUCCUUAACUUCUAUUAUAAUCAUUGUCCUAACAACAGUAUUGACAAAGAUGGAAACAUUUAUUUCAAACCAAGAAAGGCCCUAGACUCAGAUCAACUAAACAGAAAAGUACAAAGGGCACAUAUACAUGACAGUAGAAUUCUACACAGUCACUCUGUUGAUCUAUUUUAAAAUAGUGGUUAAAAGUGAACAUCGAUACUGUCUCGGAAGAACUUAAUACAUUAUUGGGCCACCUGGGGUUUUGAUCUUGAAACAAGUCAUGUUUUUAAGUUCACUUUUUACAAUUCACAAUACACUCACCAGAUUUUUUUUAAAUUGUGAACCAGAUUACCUAACUGAUGAAUCAAAAAUUGUUGUAUUAUCAACUAUUAAUAAGAAGGAAAUCUAUUUGAAGUUGUUCUACUUGAAGUUGUUUCUAAGACUUUUAUAUUAAAUAUGGGCGUUAUUUCCUAAUAUGAUCAAAACCCAUAAAUGAUUAUUUUUUUUUCUCAGAAUGAUUUGUAAAUAGUUACUGAGUAUAUUAUAAAUAAUAAUCAGGAGUGAAUAUUAUGCUACAUCCUGGAGAGAAGAAAGUCAUAUGCUUAUUCUGAAAUGAAAAUUCCACUGCCCAGUGCAUAUAUUCUACUCCAUCCCAUAUUUGCUCUGGCAAUUGUAUUGUCUACACUAUAUAAAGAAGCUUUUAAACAAGUCAUUUUUUUCUGCCAUUAUGAAAUAUCUAGAAUCUUGGAGGCAUGCUAGAAAAAAAAUGGGCUUUUACAAAAGCGAUAAACUUAGGUCAGGGAGAAGAACAUCAAGGGCCAGCAUUAAGCAUUACUAUUUUUGUAUGUUUCUUUGGUUGGUUGGUUGUUAUUGUUAACAGUUGAAGGAAUAUGGAUAUGUAAUACAUAAAUAAACAUGACCACACAGAAUGCUGUAUUGACUUACUAAAGAAUGUCCCCAAUUUGAGUUUAGGAUAAUUUUAAAGAAGAGCAGUGAGAAAGGACAUACAUCCAUAAAUUCACUUUGUUUAUGCAAAUGUAGAUACAAGGUACACAAAUACACAUAUUCAAGAACUAUUAAAUAUCUAGACAGUUUCUUCCUAAUUGAAAGGUUACUACAGCUCUCAUUGACAUCAGUAAGGUAGUAUUACCUGUUUAUUCCCUGCUGCAUCUUACAGAAGAGUAAACUGGUGAGAGUAUAUAUUUUAUAUAUAUAUAUAUAAUAUGUAUAUAUAUAUAUAUAUAUAGACUUGUUACAUGAAGAUGUUAAAAUCGGUUUUUAAAGAUGAUGUAAAUAAUAAUUUCCUUAAUGAAAAAUACAUAUUUUGUAUUGUUCUAAUGCAACAGAAAAGCCUUUUAAUCUCUUUGGUUUCUGUAUAUUCCAUGUAUAAGUGUAAAUAUAAUCUGACAGGUUUAAAAUUUGUGCAUGUAUGUAUACAGUUGCAAGUCUGGAUACAUGUAUAGAAUAAACCUUUUAUUUAAGUUGUGAUUACCUGCUGCAUGAAAAGUGCAUGGGGGAUCCUGUGCAUCUCUGCAUUUGGCAAAAUGUCUUAAGUCAAAUCAGAUGUUCAUCCCAACAUGGCAGUAUUCCAUUUCUAGACAUGAAUUCUGUGGUUUCAGCUUCGUGAAAGAAUGUGCUUUGGAUCCAAGGGUCUUAAAACUUUUUAAAAUCAAGUCAACCACUUUUCAACAUAGAGUUCACACAACUACUUUCAUGAAUUUUUUAAUCCCAUUGGAAACCAAUAUUAUGCCAGGAGUAUUCCAGUAUACUGGAAUACAAGCACAUCACCAUUCAUGGUGUGAAUCUGGGGUUUACACAACCAAUUUUGAUGCGAUCUCAUUAUAUAAUUUGUCAUUUUUAUUAGAAACUUAAUUUCUUCAUGUGAUGUCUUGAAACUGUACAUACUGCAGUGUGAAUUUUUUUUGUUUUGUUUUUUAAUCUUUUAGUGUUUACUUCCUGCAGUGAAUUUGAAUAAAUGAGGAAAAAAUGCAUUA